UUUGAAUUGAGCCGUGCUAAAGAAAGAUGCAUGAAGGAACAAAGACCUUGAGCGGAAUGGGCUCCGUGGAUGUGGAAGGACUUAUACUGCGAUCAUCCGCAACUUGGAGGCAACACGUGAUUGAUCCAGAUCUGACGACGUGAGAUCCCUGAAGUGUGGUUAGUACUUAUAACGGCUAUUUUUCUUUUCCCCAGAGUUUCUUGUCUUCAACUUAUUUUUCAGACAGAGCAUAUAGUCAUACACAACUUCUCCCACUAGGCAGCACCUGCGCGUCCACCUCCAAGACAGAACAGACAAGAUGAAGUUGCUAUUCACUGCUCUGGUUGCGGGCCUCGGAGUGGACGCGAAGUUUCUCAAAAAUUUGAUCAAGAACAAAGUGCCAAUCACAACCGGCAAAGUUUACAAGAAUGCGGCCGAUGCCUGCUGUGCGUGCUUCAAGACGAAAUACGCGUUUCCGCAGAACGCGUAUUUCUAGAACUUGUUUUUUUCCAUCAUGUGAGUGUAACCAAUCUCUUGAUCUUCUUUUGUCUGAAUUUUCUUCCCCAACGAACAUCGCCAGACUUCGUAAGGUCUCAUUCUAUAUGUGAAUCCCUACUUCUUGUCCACUUCUUCACUCCCAGGGGUUUUUCCUCGACUCAAUGUCAAUCCCUACUUCUUGUCCACUUCUUCCUUCCCAGGGGUUUUUCCUCGACCUACGCUGCGAAGCACACAUGCGACACUUGCUACGUAGCAGACCGAUAUGGCAUUGAUGCCAAGAAGGAAAGCAGCUUUGAAGUUGGCCCUGGACAUGCGAAGACGGAUGAAGGGUAUUCUCAGACGAAGGCAGAAGUCAAGUUAUGAUCAGUAUUCAGUGUCCAUCUUUCUCAGCAACAUUUAGUGUCCCCUUUCCCCUUGUAUUUUUCUCAUGAAAUACAACAAAUGGAAAGGGGUCGAUAUGAGGGGAUGGCUAGAGGCUGAGGCUAAUCAAGGCGAUCCAUGAGUGGAACUGGAACUGUGCCGAGGGAAAGGCCCCGGAGGAUGCGUCGGAAUGGGAAGCUGGUACUUCUAGAUUUCGUAAAUGAGUCUAGUAGUUCUCUUCACUUUAUUUUCAUGACUGUGGAAAUCUAAAAAAUCUAAAUUUUCUACAACGCAGUAGUAUUGGUUAGAUUUCGCUUGAACGAGACCCUUACCCUUUCAAUCACUCCGUCUCACUUCCCCUUCGACGUUCUUCCAGGUCCAGUCCGCGGCGAGCCGAGUGCCCGUGAUUCGUUUCUGAUGUGCAAGGAGAGUGCUGGAUGGUAUUGCGCUUCGGAGACUGGGCCGGAUAUGAAGAAGGGAGCUGAUAGUGAUGAGGUCACUAAGAUCGAUGAUGAAGUCUCCGGAGCAGAGACUAAGGUUGAGACUAUGUCGAUGCCGGAAAUCGCAAGUCGCUAGGUGAAUGCUUGUUUUUAGAGUGUGAUGAGUUCUUGGUUAAUACUUCUAAUGUUGUACUAUUUCAAUUUAGAAAAUUUAGAAAGAUCGUAGUAAGAUUAUAGGUUGCCUAGCAUAGGAUGUAAGUAGAUCAUUGUGCUUGUUGCUUGCAUAGAUAGUUGUUGUGGUAUCCCGUCCUUCAGUAUGCACAGACACACAUGAUUUGUUUGACAUACGAUAUGGUUCUUGUUGACGGUGAGAGAGGUUUUGAUCUUUAGAUCUAGAUGGUGAUCCAUCAGCCGAGUUUUCAGAAAUAGUCCUGCUUUGUGCUCUUCCUUAUUUGUAGCCAUCUCUGUAUCCACUACCUUUUGAUAUCUUAAUCCUUUUAUUUUCAUAGUAAUUAAUUAUUUGGUCAAUCCUCUCAUUAUUAUUUGGUCAAUCCUUCUGUCCCUCACCCUCACGAAGUAUGCAUGUUUUGUAAAGUGAAUAGGGUCUUGAACUUCGUUUUUCGGUACUAAAUGUUUUGUUUGGUCUGUUAUGCAUGGAUUUAUGAUUUCUUGUGAUUGUUAGUUUUUUGACUUUGGUCGGCGUUGUUGAGGUAGAGGAAGGUAGAGAUGGAGCAGGUUAUGAUAAGCGUGCGGCACUACACCAUCAUGACAUAUUUCUCGAUGCUGUUGGAUUCGCUUGGAGAUCCAUAAAAAUGAACCCAGGAUUCAAUAAGAAGAUAGCCUUGCAUUGAAGACCAGGAUCGGUUUAUUGAUGUGGCACCAUACCUUGUUUGAUAUUUUUCGGUCAGAAUUGCGGAGAUAGUCGGUAUCAUCGG